UCUAAAUUUCAGCUCCAGGACAGACUCUCAGGGAAAGAAAGAGAGCUGGAGACCAGAAAACUUGAUGUUGAGCUGCAGGACAAGGGGAAGGAGGCUCCUGCAGCUCAACAGGCUGCAGCUCUAGUUGAAGAAAUAUACCAUGCCCAGAGGGAACGAGACCAGGCAGUAAUGGCUAGACUGAGGCUGGCCAACGAGGAAAGAGAUGAAACCCUUUUACGAGCCAAGCGGCUGGAACAGGCAAUAGUGGAGCUGGAGAAUAUUAACCCUGAAGAAAAUGACAUGUCAUUACAGGAAUUACUAAACAGAGUAAACAAUGCAGACUCUGGGUUGCUGAUCGAGAAGAGUGGAGACGUGAUAGUGGACCGAAUGCACAAGACUAGAGAGAGGAGAAAGAAGAUUACAGCUGAGGAGAUGAAUGCAGUGACUGAGGAGAGGGAUGCCGCCAUAUCCAAAUGCAAAUGCUUAGAGCAGAAGCUUCAUCAUCUGAAAGAGCAGAGCCAGACUUCGGCAAACAACAUGAGACAUCUGACUGCCGAAAACAAUCAGGAACGUGCUCUGAAGGCUCAGUUACUGUCCAUCCAACAGGAGAGGGACAGCGCCUUGCAACAUACUAAAAAAUUAGAGGACGAAAUCCAGACUCUUCGUGUUUAUUACAGUUUACACAAGUCUUUGUCGCAAGAGGACAGCUUGAAGGAGCAGUUUCAAUGCACUCUGAGCACCUAUGAAGAUGCUCUCCACUCCAAAGAGGGUAUUGUGUCACUUGCCAACCUCCACAAUGACCAGCUCAUCACCCAGCUGCAGCUCUCCCUCUCCGAGCGUGCAAACAUGGAGGCCCAGCUCCAGCAGUCCUUGGAGGCCCAAAAAGAGGCUCAUGAAAAAGUUCAAAAGUUGGAGCGACUGGUGGAUGUGCUGAGGAAAAAGGUUGGAGCGGGGCCUGUCAGGACGGUGAUCUGAUUGAAAGGUCGAGUCUAGGGAUGUGGUCACAUCUGGUGACCAGGCUGCUCUGUUUACCACUGUGUAAACACUGAAGCCUUAACUCAGCAAACAGUUGUUAGAAGUGGUGCACUCAGACGACAAUCCAAGCAGAGAUCAAAAUGAAUCAUAAAUGUUUAACCACUCUGCUGCUGAGUUGUGUUAUUUAAGCAAAUUUAUUUCCUUAAGCAUUCAUUAUUUGCAUUGUAUUUCUUUAUCCCUCUCUGCCUAUUAUGAGGAACAUGGUCCACUUAUUAUUUGUGGCCAGCUUUAAUGGAAACUUUUCCAUGAGCAGUUAUGAGCUGUGUAUCACAAAUGGACUUAAUUCAGACUGAUACCUAUAUAUCUUUGCUCACUUAACCCAUUUCACUUCAUUUCUGGUAAGUCUUCUCCUGAGUUAUAACUAUGACCUUUUGGCUAGGGGAGAGCUUUAAGUUGUCCAGUGUAAACCAUAUUUAUCAAGCUAGGAAUGAUGUUCAUUGGGAAACUUGCGGAAUUCAUGUUGCCGUGUUUACCUUUUAUUUUUUUUCUUUUACUAAAUAAAUAAAAUCAAUUGCAAAUUUGGUAUGAACCAUACAUAUAAUACUAUUUCUAAAAUGUUGAUAUUUAUUUAUAUAAUCAGCACUGCUCUUGGAACAUAGAAAAAAUGGUUGUAUAAGCAGCUGUUUGGCUAAAGGGGAGUUAUGCCCGUCAGAGCUGAUACUGGCGCUGGGGGCACUUCUCUAGUUUGAGUGAGAGGGCAGUAAAGAUUGGACAUUGUUAUACUACAGAUAGGUACUUUCCCUUUAAAGUGAGCUAUGCCACACAAUUCUGUCAAAUUGAUAUUGACAAAUAUUAUUAAUUAUUUUCUACAGACAAAUGCAUAUAUUUUAUUGGAUCAGAUCUAACUGAGCUUCACAAACUUGAUAAAUGUAGUCUGCCUUACACACACACACACACACACACGCACGCACGCACGCACACACACACACACA